AUCCCCAACCCUGGUUGCGCGUAGCCUACUCUAUGCAAUCGGGAAACAUCACAGCAAAUCUCGGUGCGCGUUGAAUGCAAGGACAAGGAACUACGUCCGCGACCAGCGAGAACCGCAAUAAUUUGGAAUUAUUAAAUACGUAUGAAAAAAGGAUAUUGACAAACAUUACUGGAAAUAUUUGUGAAAUGUCUCAUUCAUCGUAGCAUUUCUCUACAUGUCGCUGUAAAAGGAAGGAGAGACUGUUCGGCAAUCUAGGGGAAUAUUACAGUUGCAGGAUGGUGGCAUACAAUUUAGUUCUCUCGUUCAUCAUUGCGGUUGUUUGGGAAGUUGUAUGCGAACCACAAACACUACCUUCACCAGCAACGCAUUUUAAUUCAACAUUAUCCAUCCACGAGGAGGAUCUGUCCAAGAAUGGCACUAACACAACUACCGAAUCACGAAAGUCAUCAAUCUUGACACAUCUCCCUACACUGAAAAGUACUGUAUUUUUGAUCUGCGUGUUAACAGCUGUUCUCAUCACGUGCCUGGUCAUCAAAGUGUGCAGAUCUGGAAGGAGAAUCAGAAAAACACGAAAGUAUGACAUCAUCACUACACCUGCAGAGCGAGUAGAGAUGGCGCCCUUGAAUGAGGAGAAUGAAGAUGAGGACGACUCUACCCUCUUUGAUGUCAAAUACAAUCCUACUUCCUUUGAGGAAAAAGGGGCCUCCUGUUUACCUGGAAUUUUACACUUGCAUGGACCACACAUGUGCAGGCUCAUUUCCACCCACACCCAAGUGAAUAUAAAAACUACAUGAAGACAACUGGACAUUUUGGUGACACUGUUUUUGUUUGUAACAAUAACAAAACUAACAACACUUUUCUACUCUAUGGUCAAGAGGUUGUUUCAUCAGUUCAAUGGAAGUAAUCUAUAUCAUCCAACCUUGGAUAAAGAGAUUUAUGCACAACACGGUUUACUGGUUUAUAAAAUCUUCAGCCUACAGAUUGUUUAUGGCUGUCUUUGAGACACUAGGCUAGAAGAAUUAAACACUUAUGUCUGAAAGUAUUUCCCAAAUAACCAAAAUAUCUCCAAAAACAUUGAUCCUGUGGUUUCAUUUUGUAAAAUGUAAUUUCAGAAUUGUAUCAUACUUUAUGAUGAUGUUUGUCACAUCUACCGUUAGGACAGGAUUCGUUUUAUUUUGUUAGUCAUUACACCACCUUACAGGGUUAUGGGUUAUAGGAUUGUAUUGAACUAUGUAGUCAUUUGAGACUAGAACACAAUUCAAAUACCUAAAUAAAUAGAAUUGCUGCUGCUGUUGGAAAUAUUCUGACCCCACCCUUAACACUUCUAGCAAUUUUAUUGUAAUAUAAGAUUCCCCAUUCCUAAACAUAACAAUUGUAAUAAUAGUGUGUUAUAAAGAUAUUCAUAUUUUGCAUUCAAUUAUGAAAUACUUAUUUACCACCAUAGUAAGUUAUUCUUUUAAUCAAGUUUAAUCAAGGUUUAAUCAAGGUUUUUUUAAGACCAAAUGUCACCCACUAACCACUUAGUUGUUCGAUGCUGUAUACUGUCUGAUUCAUUCUGUCCUCAUUGGUGUAUGUGUCUUAUUGUAUAUGUGUUAGAGUUUCCUGUUUAUGCUGCUAAGCUUAUAUUCUAUGUCCGUAUGUGGGGCUCUCAAAGAAAUCAGGUUGUAGUUUUAGUUUUGGAAAUGUGUAUAUUUUUUCAAGGAGAUAUACUGUUGUUUUAGAGUGACAGAUGUUUCAUCUUUGACAUUUAGAUAUUUACUUCGAAUGGGUCAACGUUUAGCAUUAUCAUGUUGCAAGUUUUGUCUUUUGCUGUUAUUUGGUGCCAUCAAGCCCAUGUAGGACAAAGUGUGUUGUUAUUAAUUCCCAAGGAACUAAAAAGAUUCCACUCAUGUUCUGAGUUAAUGCUGUAUCUUCAGAAUCCUUGUAUGCAGAGGAUUCACACUGGGAAUUGAAGACUCCCCUGUUUAGUCUCAGUGCAGAGCUUUUAGAUGCUUAUGUCAAACAUUUCAACAAAUGGCGCACUGUGAAAGUUGUUUCGUAGUAUGUCAGGGUUUGGAGGCAGGUUAUUAUAUUGGAGGAGGAGACAUUUUUUGGGAAAUUCUGCUGCUAAGUAUGCAAUGAGUAAGUUGUGUGAUUCUUUUUUUUAAUGAUUUUGUUUUGAUAAACCUGAGACAUUUUCUUUAAAAAAAGGUUUGCCUUUUAAAUGACAAAAACAUCACUUCAAGUCAAUUUACACUUCAUGUAAAUUCAAAUCACUAAAACAUAGUCAUGGGUUGUACUUACGUAACGUAAUUAUAAUAUUGAUUAGUAUGUUGAUUAUUUUGUAUAAAAAAAAUAUUUAGCCAAAGUUUACUGUUGUGUAUUUGGUUUAUAUUUUGGCGGAUUAAUAUAGCACCCAUUAUUUGUUCUGUUGUGUAAUACAAUGUUCUCUCACGCUGAUGAUAUUCUGAUGAAAAUGUGUUUCUAGCGCUGUAUUUGGAUGUAUUUAUAGUUCAUAUAGUUGUAUAGUCUCGUGUCCCACCAUGUUUCUGAGAGGCUUUAUUGAAAUGUUUAUUUGAAAUGAAUCAACUGGUUCAAGCA